UUUCUCCUACGACCAUAUGAUAAUUGAAAAGAAAAGCCAAGUCUGUGUUCGUGUUUACCUACUGAAAGAAAAGUGAAUAAAUCUUAGCGAUAAGGAGCAGGAUUACGAUAUAGAAGGCUUCGAUUUAAUUAGCGUGAAGGUGUGGAAAAAUAGUGCAGUAGAAUCAAGUGUGAAGAUAAGAGCUCAGGUGGUAAAAUAGUUUACAUUAUCAAGCGGAUUAGUGGGCAAGAAGCAGCCAGCAGAUUACCAACAAGCAAGGAAAAAAGACCCAAGGCUGGGAAAAUCUCAACACCCCCCACUCUCGUGUUUCUUGUUACGUAGUGACACGCAAACCGCACACACCAAUGUGCAGUUCAGGCAACGACGCCUAGGUGCUUCAAUCAGCUGCUCCCUCGCUCGCGCUUUCCUUCAAUAUCCUGCCCGCCUAUCUCCGGUCGCAUUGAUAUUUCCACGUGUUUGUGGGCUGUUGUGUCGUGCCGGAGCUGCGAAGCUUGGUCGUCAUCAGUGCCAAAGGAAUAAAGCAUUGAUUGAAAGCACUGUUUCUCAUCGCGCUCGCUGCCAUCACAUUUGGAUCUGUCUCUUUUGGGUUACACCGAACAACUGUAUAGCCGCACGAUAACGAUAUAUCCGAAAAGUGGACCCUUACAAGGCUCUUGAGCAUUGAAUCAUAGUGCCACCGAGGAAAAGCGAAACCAGACAGAGAUAAACUGUAUUCAUCAGCCAAUCAAUAUCAACAACCGUCAAUUUUCCAUCACAAGAAAACUCCAUCAACACCUAAAUGCUCAAACCUUCAGUUGUCCAACCGCAGAAUUCGCGUCUGCUUGCCGGAAUCUCAAUCAACGCGUAACAACCAUCGUAACCACCGAAUGCCUACAUAGAGCCCAACGAACACAGAGCUACAAGAAUUGAAGAAUAACUUUUUGAACCCAUUAAACAAGCUUCCUCAUGUAGAAAGUUAACACAUUCGCCUACGCUCAUUUCAUACAGAAAUCAAGCAGCACCCAGAGAAUGCAAUCCUGCACAUGCACCGGCAGUAGCAGUGCAACCUUUUUCAUCGAAAAACUCAAUUAAACUCACCGGAAACAAACAGGAAUCGGUUGUUGGUGAGGGUGUUGGCAGCAAUAGUAGUUAGUUCUGACGGCAGAAACAGAGGGGCGAUCUAGUCAAUGCGAAAAUGGCAACCCCACCGGACAGCCCCAUCGAGGAGGUCGUGUAUGAGUUGGAACCAACUCGGGCGCCCAAGCCCAUCCCAGUGGCGCUAGAGGACCUCUGUAGGUUAACUAAGUUUACCCGCCAGGAGAUACGAGUCAUGUAUCGCGGCUUCAAAACGGAAUGUCCCGAUGGCGUGGUGCACGAAGAUAGUUUUAAGGACAUUUAUGCAAAAUUUUUCCCUCAUGGAAAUUCCAGCCUUUAUGCACACUAUGUGUUCAAAGCGUUUGAUGUUAAUUGUAAUGGAUCCAUUACUUUUCGGGAUCUUCUAGUAACUCUAUCAACACUGCUACGAGGCUCCGUAUACGAACGGUUACGAUGGACGUUCCGUCUGUACGACAUCAAUAAUGACGGCUGCAUCAGCCGAGCGGAGCUAGGCGAAAUCGUGAUGGCAGUACACGAGCUGAUGGGCCGGAGGCCCAACCACCCAGAGGAUGAAGUAAAAGCACGGGAACAGGUGGACCACGUCUUUCGGAAGCUGGACCUGAAUCAGGAUGGAAUCAUAACGAUGGAAGAGUUUCUGGAGGCCUGUCUCAAAGACGAUGUGGUUACAAAAUCUCUGCAAAUGUUCGACACCUGCCUUUGAUGACCGUCCUCCGACAGCGUGUUUGCUGCACCGAAGAAGGACUCGGACCGUUUUUCUUUGAUUCAUUUGUAGGCAGAAAAAUACUCAAAAUGAGAUUAGGUGCAUCAAGCAGAAUUAAGCAUAACAUUAACCGUGCUCGCUCAAAAAUGCAUUAUGACCUCGAUUCACUGAUACGUAUCUAUUUCGUUCACUCAUUUUGUUUUUCAAUAAUCAAUCCAAAAGAAAUGAUUAUACAAAAAAUAUAAUUUUGAAAUUUCAUAUCAUGUUCCAUACAAAUCAAAGCAAUAUUAUGUUAUAAAUGAAUAAUAUAAUAUUGUACAUAAAUAACCGUAAAUAAUUUGGUAAGUUAUUUUGUGAUACAAUCCUUUUAAUGCUUUAUCAUGACAAAAUUAAGAAUAAUGGAUAAAGUAUUAUAAAUGCCAUGUAACGGAUAACAGAAAAUACAUAAAACUUAACAGACAUAACAAUAGAACUAGGAACAGUUGAAAAUUUUAGUCUAUAGAAAAACUUGACGAGCUAAGCUUAUAACAUAGUGGUUGAUCAAAUUGAUAGCCAUGUAAAAGAACAUUCCAUCAGUACUUAGUUGGUACUGAGGUAAAAUAUUUAAAGUAGGUUUUAGAGCAAAACUGCAAACUUUAACAAAACAACGGAAUUUUAUUACUUUAUUUUUCGAAACUAGAUAAUAUAUUCUUAGUAACCAAGGAGUUAGUUGACAAUAGACAAUCGUUUUGACAAAAAUAAUUAUCCUAGGGUGAAUAGCUAGCAUGAAUAGUGGAUUGAGCUGGCCAGAAAUACAUGAUAAGCAUUAAACAUCUCACUUACCAAAUCAAGGGAAUGUUUCAUUACAUAAUCGCCAAACAUGGUUAGUGGAUUAAUUUUUAAGGUGUUUUAUUUGACGAUAAUAUAGUGUCAAGAUCUUUAUUGAGAAUACUGAUUCAAUUACCCUCAUAUCUUUUGAGAACAACAUCCUAUCACAAAUGAGAAGUUGAUGUUUCACGCAUUAAUUUUAUAGUUUGUCUCAGACGUAAUAUUUGAAUCUAACUUCAAUCAAUUUAACUACUUAGUAUUCAAAUUGAAAAUUAAGCAAA